CAUGAGAAAGUUAGUCAUAUAUUUUCUUACUAUGAAAUAUUUAGUUGUCGACGUAAAUUAACAUUUGAAUUGUUACAUCACAGGGUUUUGAUGAUAUUGAUAUGUAUGAGGUUGAAUACCAUAAUCCGAAAAAUGGAUGGGCAUAUAAAGAUUUUGAGGCAAAUAGUGUUCGAAUGAAAGAAUUGAGAGAACAACAAAGAGCUUUGCCAGAAGGCGUUGAUCGAAUGACCACAGAAGAAAUUUGCAUAACAGUUUUAGGGGAAAAUUCAUCAUAUGCUAAAUCGAAAGGUCUUAAUCGAAAAGUAUCUGGAGUUGAUGCUAUUUCAUCUUUUGAAGCUUCUAGCAGUCGAGCACGAUUAGAAGAAGAGUUGGCGAACACACAAUCUGAGUUGGCAAGUACGAAAGCUGAGAUGGCUAUUCAGAAAACUACUGUAGAAGCGGUAGUAAAAUUCAUGGAGCAGAUGACUGGCAAAAGCUUUGCUGAAAUUAUAAACGUACCUAAUUGUACACAAGAAUAUGAGUAGAAAUAUAUCAGAAUUAUGAGAGAGAGCGAACUAUGAAAGAGAGGGAAGAAACGAAAGAAAAGGGAAGGAAAAACAGGGUAGGUGGCAACGAAGAAUGAGACAUAAUCUCGGUGGAACUCUUCUGCCUAAAA